AUGUCCAGUACCAGGGCGCUCAAGGAGCUUCGAAUUCACUUGUGCCAGACCUCGCCAGGCAGCCAAGGAGUCAGGGACUUUGUAACCAACAAGUACCUGAAACUAAAGUCUGCCAAUCCAUCACUCCCCAUCCUCAUCCGUGAAGUGACGGGCAUUCAAGCACGAGUGUUUGGAAGAUAUGCUAUGGGAGUUGAACGCAAAGUCGUCUUGGAUGGUUUGACAGAAUCGCAAGUCGAAUCCAAAAUACAGGAAUUGCAAUCAUCGUAA